GAGACUCGACGCAACACGGCCAAGCAAAUCGCGCGUUUUCAACUCUUUGAAAAAAUACAAACAGAAAUACAAAUAAAUAUAUUUUCUAAACGCAUCUCGGAUUGGGCGACUGUAAUUGAACACAAUUAGAAAAAAUAAUAAUUACAUUAUAAUUGAAUUGCCAAAAGUCGCAAUAAAUACAAAAAAAACCCUCCAAUUGUGCAAGCAAACCAUUCAAAUUUCUGUUACACAAACUACCUAAAGUUGUCUUUAUAAAUAGCCAUUUGUGCCAACUAGAAAGUGAAACUGAAAAUAAUUCGAAUACAGAUUGCCAAGUGCGUUCGAUUCCUUAUCUGCUCAAACGUACUUGACAUUAAUGCCGAACACACAAACAGAAUUGUAUUUUUAUCUUCUCAAAGAUAUUAUGAGCAUUCCGUUAGAUAUUUUAAUACGAAGCUUCAUUAUUCAACAAAAUCAAAGUAUCUUAAAAUAAAAAUGCAAAAUUAAAAAAAUAAACAAUGUAAAUAAUAAUGAGAUCGACUUCCAUAAAAAAGUGUUACGCCUGUCAAGCACUCGAGUACGAAGACAAAGCCGAAACGAGAUACACUUAAAAAAACCAAUCACCAUAUAAAUCACAGUACAAAUAGGGGGAAGAACCGCAGAACUUUAAACACAUCGAAGGCAACUCAACUCGUCGAGCUGUCGCAGAAUGUCCUGCAACAUUGUGCGGCAGCCACAAAAACAAAGUCAAAAACAGAAACAAAAAUUUCUACAGUUGCUGUUACUGGCGGUGCUGCUGCUGCUGGUGCCCAGCCAGAGAGCUGGACCAGCGCCUGUCUACGCCUGGUUCUACGACGUGGACAGCGCUGCGAGCGUGGCCAGCAUCAGCACCAUUUCGGAUGUGCACAGCUUUAAGGUUCCCGAGACGCGAAACUCGUACAAAUCGCAGCGGACGCAGCUGGUGCAGCAGUUUCCCAGCGCCACCAACAGCCAUUGGAGCCAUCAUCAUGGCGGCCAUGUACUGCGCCGUCAGCUGGUAUUCGUGGCGCUGCUGCCCUCAGUGGAGUCCGACAACAAGAACGACUGCAUCAUGCCGAAGGUGCUGCCCGUGCUGGAGCUGGGCAUUGGGCAUGUGCAGCGCAUGGGCUUCGUUGGAGGCGUUCAGAUUGACAUUACACUAAUAUCACGCGACACGUUCUGCUCCUCCACCUAUGGGCCGCUGGGCUUCUUUGAGAUCUACACGCAAUGGCCGGAGAUGAAUGCAAUCUUCGGCUUGCCCUGCGAGUAUGUGCUGGCGCCUAUCUCUCGCUACGCAGAUGUUUGGCAGAUUCCACUACUCACGACCGGCGGCAAUGCCGGCGAGUUCAGCAAAAAAACGGAGAGCUACUCAACGCUGACCCGGCUAAAGGGUGCCCAGGUCAACAACCUGGGCAACAUGGUCCGCGCCCUGCUGAACACCUACAACUGGACACGCACUGCGCUGAUCUACCAGAACGAGAACGCCAAAAUCAAAGGCAACUCAGUGUGCUUCCUCUGCCUGGCUGCCAUCCAUGCCACCAUCGAGAAAGAGUCAGUUUAUCAGCUUGGCUUCGACUCUGCGCACUGGACCAAAGCGUAUAUCAUACGUCUGCUCCGGAAUGUCGCCAUGCGAACAAGAAUUGUCAUUAUGUGCGCCGAUCCGCAGUCCAUACGUCAAAUUAUGCUGACAGCCGAGGAGUUGAAUAUGAUCGAUAGCGGCGAAUAUGUAUUCAUCAAUAUUGAAUUAUUUUCGCGCGUGCCGUAUAUGACGUCGCUGCCCUGGUAUGAUAAGAACGAUACCGAGUUCAACAACGAGCGCGCCAAGAAGGCCUACACAGCCAUGUUGACCGUCACGCCGAAGCAGCCCAAUGACGACGCCUACACGAAAGUCUCCAACGAGAUCAAGGACAUCGCCUCGGCCAAGUACAAUUACACCUUCAGCGAGAACGAACCCAUUUCUGCGUUUGUGACUUCAUUCUUUGACGGUGUCCUGCUCUAUGCCAAUGCCCUCAACGAGAGCAUCCGGGAGGAUCCAAGUAUGCUGACCAGACCCAUCAAUGGCACUGACAUGGUGCGACGCAUGUGGAAUCGCAGUUUUACGGGCAUCACUGGCAACGUGACCAUCGACUCGAAUGGUGAUCGCAUCUCGGCGUAUUCGCUGCUGGACAUGAAUCCCAGCACUGGAAGAUUCGAGAUUGUGGCACAUUUUCUGCACAAUCGUCUAGAGUUUGAGUCCGAAAAGGAAAUACAUUGGGCUGGUGGUCGAGAUCAAGCGCCACCUGAUCGUCCGAUCUGUGGCUACGAUGGAUCGUUAUGCCCAGACAACUCUUUACCUGGGUAUGCCAUUCUGUCAAUAGUGCUUGGCAUAAUGGUAAUCGUAAUGGCCGUAUGCUUCUUCUUUGGAUAUCGGCAUUAUAUUGCCGAAGCUGAGAUUAAUUCAAUGAGUUGGAAGGUAUCGCUGGAGGAUGUUAUGUUUCGAGAUGGCGCUGAUCAUGUGCUGCGUGGCUCUUUCCAUUCGCUCGUCAAGCAGAGCUCGCAGCUCACACUGAUGUCCGAGGACAUGGGCUCCAUUAAUGGCGAUCGCCAGAUCUUCAUACCCGUGGGCAUGUACCGCAAGAGCAAAGUGGCCAUCAAGCCGAUCGAGCUCGAUAAUGUUCAAGGCAUUCUGUCGCGCAGUCUGAUGUUGGAAUUGAAGCGCAUGAAAGACUUGCAGCAUGACCACUUGGUCAAGUUCUAUGGCGCCUGCCUGGAUGCACGUCGCAGUUUUCUGCUCACCGAAUACUGCCCGAAGGGUUCUCUGCAGGACAUACUGGAGAACGAACAGUUCCAGCUGGAUUGGAUGUUUAAGCUGUCGCUGAUGCAUGACAUCGUGCGUGGCAUGCAGUUUAUACACAGCUCCGACAUUCGCUCCCAUGGCAAUCUCAAGUCCUCCAACUGCGUGGUCGACUCCCGCUUCGUGCUCAAGAUCACAGACUUCGGACUACACAGUCUGCGACGCACCUCCUACGAUAUCGAGAGCGAUAUUGAGAACUGCAACAGUCAUGCGUACUGGAAGAAACGCCUCUGGACCGCGCCUGAAUUGCUGCGGCUCGAAAAUCAACGCCCACCCGAAGGCACCCAGAAGGGCGACGUUUACUCAUUUGGUAUCAUCGUGCAUGAGAUAACCACACGGCAAGGUCCUUUCUAUUUGGGCAAGUGUUCGCACGAGAAGACGCCACAAGAGAUUAUUGAACUGGUUAAGAACUAUCAGCCACAGCAGAACAAACCCUUUCGUCCCGAGCUGGAAACGUGUACAGACGAUACGAAGGCGGAUGUUGUAGGCAUCAUCAGACGCUGCUGGGCAGAGGAUCCCCUGGAGCGACCCGACUUUAAUACGCUCAAGUGCAUGAUCAGAAAGUUCAACAAGGACAACGAGACGGGCAAUAUUGUAGAUAAUCUGCUUAAGCGCAUGGAAAUGUAUGCGAAUAAUCUGGAGGAGCUAGUCGAGGAGCGCACCCAGGACUAUCUCGAAGAGAAGAAAAAGUGCGAGAAGCUGCUUUAUCAGUUGCUGCCACAGAGCGUUGCAGCUCAGUUGAUCAGUGGACAGCCGGUGGUGGCCGAGACCUUUGACCAGGUGACCAUCUACUUCAGCGACAUUGUUGGCUUCACCGCCAUUUCGGCGGAGAGCACGCCCAUGCAGGUCGUUCAGUUCCUCAACGAUCUGUACACCUGCUUCGACUCGAUUGUGGAGAACUUUGACGUGUACAAGGUGGAGACCAUUGGCGAUGCCUACAUGGUGGUGUCUGGUCUGCCCAUACGCAAUGGCAAUUACCAUGCCCGUGAAAUUGCCCGCCUCGCUCUGGCCCUGCUCGAGGCGGUGCACAACUUUAGGAUACAUCACAGACCCGACGAUCGCUUGAAGCUGCGCAUUGGACUGCAUACGGGGCCAUGUGUGGCCGGCGUUGUGGGUCAGAAAAUGCCGCGCUAUUGUCUCUUCGGAGACACCGUGAACACGGCCUCGCGUAUGGAGUCCAAUGGCGAGGCACUGAAAAUUCACAUUAGCGAAACCACCAAACUGGCCCUGGAUGAGUUCGGCAGCUUUGUGACGACGCGUCGCGGCCUUGUGCCGAUGAAAGGCAAGGGCGAAAUGUUGACAUACUGGCUAGAGGGCGAGGUACCCAAGCCAGAUGAAGUGAUGUCCCCCAGCAAGCUAAUGCUGACGAGGCGCUCAUCGCUCAAGCAGCCUCAGCGACAACCGCAUUCCUUCCACAAACAAUACUCAGAGCUGGGCGUUAUGGCCACAUUGGCGCCCGCAGUUCCGGCCAUAACGCUGCCUGCAGCUGAAAAGAAUAUCUCGCCCAAUCUUCGGGUUAAGCGCAAGAUCAGCUCCAGCUCGCCGAAGCUUAACGGCAACUGCUUUGAGCAGCACAUUUCGAAUCAAAAGACUGAGCCCAACAACUACUAUUUGGAUGCUGGACAGCAGAUGUCGAGUGACAUAUAUAGCAGUCACUCGCUGCGCAGCGAGGAAGGUGCUGCUGGAGCGGGCACAGAUGCAAAUGCCAGCGAUAGCUGGGAGCUUGCCAAUUUCCGACUGCCACUCAGCGGUACGCUCAAGCAGCAUCACAGUCAACAGGGCCACCACCAUGCACACUUACACUCCAAUUCCAAUUCCAAUCUGAGCGGCAUCCUGCAGCCCGCGCCACAGACACGAAGCCGCCUGAGGCCAUCCCCCACGAUCUCAACGUUGUUGAAGAACCAUCGCAGCGACAGCUCCGCCGCAGACACUGGCAGCACAAGCAGCGGCCAACGGAUCAAGUUUGCUGACUGCGAUGCGACUCCACUGAUCAGCAACAAGACGCCAGCAGCGCUGCCAGCAUCCACUGCUCUCAAUCUAGAGCGAAGCAGCAGCAGCUGCAGUAAUCAGAACAUUCCAAAUCUGAGCACUGAUCAUCCGUAUGGGUAUCUAGUCAAGAACUAUAAACAGCUUCUGUGCAAGCCCACAAACCAAGUCUCGAAUAGCCAUGGACAUGGGCACGAUCUGUCCUAUGCCGACGAGUGUCCACGGCCUCCGUUGGCUGCCCGUGGAACUGCAAGCAGCGCCGUAACCCAACCACUCUUGGCCAAAAUAAACUCGUAGCCGUAAGCACUGAGAGACACUGAGAGACGAACCCUAAAACCCUUCUCUAACUAGUACCUAACCGUAACGAUGAUGCAUAUUAAAUGUACUUGUUUGUGAUAAUAAGUUAAAACCAAGUUGAACAAUUUAGUUGAUAACCCAAACCCACUACUUAAGCACACAAAAUGUAUAUCUCCGUUAAAGCAUGCUUCAAUUGAACACUCAAUAUAUUAUUUACCUAAAUU